AAAAUUUGGAGACUUUUUUAAGGGUAUUCUUCUAUUCGGCUCGCUAUUCGUGACCUAAAUUCUUUCCGGGUUAAGAUAGAGUCCCAACUGCACCGCAACUCUUUGGCUUUAACAUCUACCGCACACGAACUUCAUCGCCGACAAAACUCCAUAGCUCAACACAAACUCGAGAAAUUCAUAAGAUUCUUUGUUAAAUAUCUCUGUAUUCUCGUUAGUUCUUCUGCAUAAUCAACUGCUAAAACUAAAAGUUAUCCUUUCAAAUGGGAAAGAAAAAAUCGGAUGAUACUGGAACCUCAACAAAAGGUCAUUCUUCUAAGGAGGGGAAGAAAGAGAAGCUGUCUGUUUCAGCCAUGCUUGCUAACAUGGAACAAAAGACAGAUAAACCAAAAAAGGCUGCUGCAUCUAGCAAACCUAAGGCAAAAGCUGUUUCAUCUUAUACAGAUGAUAUAGAUCUUCCUCCAUCGGAUGAUGAUGAUGAUGACUACUAUGGCUCAGAAGGAGAGCUACAACAGGAAAACAAUCAUAGCCGAAAGGCAGAGUCCAUGAUACUCGAAACUUCAGUGACUGAUAAAGAGUUGAAAAAACGGGAGAAGAAAGACAUGUUGGCCACCCAGGCUGCUGCAUUGGCCAAAAAGGAGGCCUUGAAGGAUGAUCGGGAUGCAUUUACUGUUGUCAUUGGAAGUCGUGCUUCUACGCUUGAGGGUGGAGAUGAUGCUGAUGCUAAUGUCAAAGAUAUAACUCUUGAGAACUUUUCUGUUUCUGCUCGCGGAAAAGAUCUCUUAAAGAAUGCAUCGUUGAAAAUCUCUCAUGGAAAGAGGUAUGGUCUGGUUGGACCUAAUGGGAAAGGGAAGUCUACUCUUUUGAAGCUUUUAGCUUGGAGAAAGGUUCCUGUGCCUAAGAAUAUUGAUGUUUUACUGGUUGAACAAGAAAUAGUUGGUGAUGAUAGAACAGCACUUGAAGCUGUUAUUUCUGCUAAUGAAGAAUUGGUGAGACUAAGGAAAGAGGCUGCAUCCUUGCAGAAUGCUGCAUCUGCAGAUGAUUUAGCAGAUGAUGAAGGGGAUGACACAGGAGAGAGACUAGCUGAAUUAUACGAGCAGCUAAAUGUCUUGGAUGCAGAUGCUGCUGAGGCCCAGGCAUCUAAAAUUCUGGCUGGUUUAGGGUUCACGAAAGCUAUGCAGGCACGAGCUACGAAAUCAUUCAGUGGAGGAUGGAGAAUGAGAAUCUCACUAGCUAGAGCACUUUUUAUGCAGCCUACUCUUUUGUUGCUUGAUGAACCUACAAACCAUCUAGAUCUUAGGGCAGUCCUUUGGUUAGAAGAGUAUUUAUGUCGGUGGAAGAAAACUCUAAUAGUUGUUUCUCAUGACCGCGAUUUCCUCAACUCUGUUUGUAGUGAAAUUAUACAUCUUCAUGACAUGAAGCUUCAUUUAUACAGAGGUAAUUUCGAUGAUUUUGAGAGUGGAUAUGAACAGCGUCGAAAAGAAGUCAAUAAAAAAUAUGAAGUUUAUGAAAAGCAAUUGAAGGCUGCAAAAAGGUCUGGAAAUCAGGCUCAGCAGCAAAAGGUGAAGGAGAGAGCAAAAUUUGCCGCAUCAAAGGAAGCAUCCAAGAAAAGGAAUAAAGGAAAAGUGGAUGAAGAUGAAUUAGUGCAAGAAGCCCCGAGCAAAUGGAGAGAUUAUACUGUAGAGUUUCACUUCCCAGAACCCACUGAACUUACCCCUCCACUCCUCCAGCUCAUUGAAGUCAGUUUUAGCUAUCCAAAUCGACCUGACUUCAAGCUUUCUAAUGUUGACGUGGGUAUUGAUAUGGGUACCCGUGUUGCUAUUGUGGGACCUAAUGGUGCAGGAAAAUCAACCCUGCUCAACCUCUUGGCAGGUGAUUUGUAUCCAACUGAAGGUGAGUCGAGGAGGAGUCCGGCGUUGAGAAUAGGAAGAUAUUCACAACACUUUGUUGAUCUUUUGAUAAUGGAUGAAACUCCUGUCCAGUAUCUCCUUCGUUUACACCCACAGCAAGAAGGGAUGAGCAAGCAAGAAGCUGUUCGAGCUAAGCUAGGCAAAUUCGGGCUUCCUAGUCAUAACCACCUUACCCCAAUUGCAAAAUUGUCAGGAGGUCAGAAAGCAAGGGUUGUCUUUACUUCCAUAUCAAUGUCGAAACCCCAUAUUCUGCUGUUAGAUGAACCUACAAAUCACUUGGAUAUGCAAAGUAUUGAUGCUCUUGCAGAUGCUGUAGACGAGUUUACUGGGGGCGUUGUGUUGGUUAGUCACGACUCACGGCUGAUUUCACGUGUUUGUGAAGAUGAAGAGAGGAGUCAAUUAUGGAUAGUGGAAGAUGGAAGUGUUAGAACAUUUCCAGGAUCAUUUGAGGAGUACAAAGAGGAUCUUCAGAAGGAGAUCAAGGCUGAAGUGGAUGCCUAAAGGACCCUGUAAUGUCUCAGCUUUGCUUCAUUUUUAACUUAUGAGGCUAUAUAAUUUUGCUUUUAUAUUUUUCAUCUACCUUGUAGUUUUCCAUCUGCGACAUGCAUUUUUUUGAGUGAAUGUAUAAAGACGGCAGGCGUAUCAAACAAGUACUCUUUUAUUAUUAAUAAUAAUAAUUGAACAUCUGAUUUUCUCUU